AGCGUCAACCGCGUUUGAUAAGAUGUCAGAGCAGAGAGCAUCCUCGAUGUAAAACGAGCCAUCAAGAUCCUAUCUUGUCUUCUUGCGCUCCCUUUAUCGCAAAGACGAAAUCAAUGGACAUCUAGUAAAUUAACGGAAAUCCACAACAACCCUGUGAUGCCGCUUCACAUCAGUUUAAUCAGGGUCCUCUAAACUCCUGCGCUGUACUGAUCAAAGCUUUAAAAACCCAGAGAUGUUGGCCCGGAAAGGUCUGGUGCCUGAAGGAUUUCUGCUGACACGUCUGGCUGAAGAUGCCGCCCAGCCUAAAAGCUUCCGGAGCAAAGCACAGCGUGCACGCUUUAUCACCAAAAGUGGAUCAUGCAAUGUUGCUCACAAGAACAUACGAGAGCAGGGUCGAUUUCUGCAGGAUGUUUUUACCACCAUGGUGGACCUUAAAUGGCAGCACUCGCUCCUUAUUUUUACCUCAGCGUUCCUCUGCUCAUGGAUGCUCUUCGCCAUGAUGUGGUGGCUCCUUGCCUUCGCUCAUGGUGAUCUGGAGCCACGAGAUCCCAGUGAGCCUGGACCUGUUCCCUGUGUCACUGCCAUCCACUCCUUCACUUCAGCAUUCCUCUUCUCCAUUGAGGUGCAGGUGACCAUUGGUUUUGGUGGGAGGAUGGUCACAGAAGAGUGUCCACUGGCUAUUGUGGUUCUGAUCAUCCAGAACAUUUUGGGCCUCAUCAUCAACGCCGUCCUUCUGGGAUGCGUGUUCAUGAAAACGGCUCAAGCCAAUCGGCGAGCAGAGACGCUCAUCUUCUCUCGUAACGCAGUCAUCGCGCCCCGCAAUGGCAAACCCACGUUCAUGUUUCGCGUUGGAGACCUGAGGAAGAGUAUGAUCAUAUCAGCUACCAUUCAGAUGCAGGUGAUUCGCAGGACCGUGACGGCAGAAGGGGAGGUGAUUCCAGUCUGCCAACUUGACGUCCAGGUGGAAAACCCACUCAGGAGCAAUGGCAUCUUCCUCGUCUCACCACUCAUCAUCAGUCACACUAUUGAUAGAGGAAGCCCACUGUAUGAGCUUUCUGCCCAGUCGCUGGCCACUGAGGAUGUGGAGAUCAUAAUUAUAUUGGAAGGCGUUGUGGAGACCACCGGGAUUACCAUGCAGGCACGUACAUCCUAUAUACCGGAGGAGAUUCUCUGGGGACGCCGCUUUGUCUCUAUCAUGACCGAAGAGGAUGGGCGCUACUGUGUGGAUUACUCCAAAUUUGGUAACACUGUGCCUGUGCGGAUGCCCGCCCUCAGCGCCAAGGAGCUGGACCAGACCAGAGGGGUCCAGGACAACGGCCCUCACGAGGGUAAGCCUCAGGGCUGGGGACUAGUGCGAGCAGGGCGAGGCGGCUACAGGAGGAGCGCAGGCCGGGCCUGCGAGGAUAAUCCGUCCCGGCCGUGGUACGUUCCAGCAGAGAAAGAUGAGCAGGAGAAAAGUAAAGAGAAGAAUGGGCAGAAGAAGAUGGUUAAAUUAGAGGAAAUAGGAAGAGAAUUGGAGGAGACCAUGGAUGAUAUGAGUGAUUAAUUAUAUAACAUAGAACAGUUAGGUCCGGUCGAGCAAUCUGAUUAGACAAGAUGAAUCUCGUGUCUACGACCACAUCACAGCCGUUCUGAAUAUCCAUAUACAAUACAAUAAAAAAGUCUUGAGCCACCCCUCAUUUCUUCAUAUUAAAAUACAUUCUGUAGAUUAAUCUAAAGCAAUGAAAUAAAUGUUUUACAGCAUUCAGCAUCACCAGUAUACUAAUCACUGGCCCGAUCAUCUGUCAUCAUCUGCACCUGUUUCUCACUGGUUCAUGCCUUAAGUUAGAUGUUUGUUUAAUGCUUGAAUAAUUCAUACUGUAGGUCACUGUGUGUCUUAAUAAACAGAAAUUCCUCAGAAACUGCUCAGGUACAGGCACUGGAGUACAAAUAAGAGACAAAACAGUCCUUCGGGAGAACUAUUCCUCAAUAAUACAAGAAAGACCGGCUCUUUGGAAGCAGAUUAUGAAGAAAUGAGGGGGCUCAAGACUUUUUUUUACAGUAAUGUAAAUAUAUGACAUGUAUGUACAGAUCAUAAAGUGUAGCUGCUUUAUCAGAAAGCUUUUAAUAAUUGUUAAUGUUUUUGUAUUGAUUUGGGAAGAAUGGACAGAAAGACAGUUGCUUUUUUUUUAAUGCAUCGUAAUUUUCCUUUUCUUGAAUAUUUACAGAUGCAAGCGUCUGUAGUUGGUGUGACUUUAAUUCAACACAGCAAAACUCCUCAGUGUUAAAUUAGCACCCUCCAGUGUUCAUAUAGAUCCAGUUGAACUUUCCAACAUAAGCUCUAAAAGUGUUAAAACAACACUGGGGACUUUACUGUGCAACCACCCCGUUUUUAUAACUUCAUCGUCUUUGUGUUGUGGUUGUGUAUGUAUCUGCUAUCCGUGCUCCAUUAUUACGUCAAUAUUAUUAUAUACAUUUGUGAACAUCACUUUAUUUACCUGUAGUUUGAGUUUUGGCAGUGUCAUUGUCAGAAUGUGUGCAAUUACUGUACCGAAAUCAGUCUCUUAAUAAUCAUGAUUGUGAACACU